GCUCCGGCGGGGAACGCGGCCUCGGAGCGGCGCCGGUAGCGGCGGCGGGCGGCCCAUGGGAGUGGGCGGCACGGCUUGAGCUCGGGCGCGGGGCAGCCGGGGCCGCCAUGGAGGUGUGCGAGAGCGGCGAGCAGCCGCCGCUGCUGCAUUGGGAUCGCAAGCUGAGCGAGCUGUGCGAACCCGCCGACCCCGACACCCUGCUGGGCCACACGCACUUCACAGAGUUCCUGGAUGAGUUCUCACCAGAUGUCCUAGGCCAGCUCUUGAACGAUCCCUUCUUGUCUGAGAAGAAUGAAGUGAUGGAGGUGGAACUGUCUCCAGCAUCCCCAGCGCCACUCAUCCAGGCAGAACACAGCUACUCCCUGUGUGGGGAUUCCCGGCCCCAGUCACCACUGACCCACAUCUCGACUGAUGACAACUUUAAUGAAGGUGACCUGGAAAAUGAGGACUGGUGUCUGGGUUCAGAACUGACUCCAGCAGCAAUAAAGACUGAGCCAGCGUUGUGCGAGACGUCAGGCCUUGCUCCCUCUGUCAGUCUCACUGUCACUGCCAUGUCACUGGAUGGGGAACAAGCUGAGCUGCAUACUGAUGUCCUGAUGAAACCACUGAGCCAGAAAGCUCUUCCAGAGAUUAAAUUGGAGCCUCAUGAAGUGGAUCAGUUUCUGAAUCUCUCUUCUAAGGAAGCAGUUGAUCCCCUGCAUUUGCCUCCAACCCCUCCCAGCAGUCAUGGCAGUGACUCUGAGGGAGGGCAGAGCCCAGCUAGAUCUCUCCCUCCUUCAAGCCCAAUUCAGCUGCAAGCCGCAGCUAAAGUGGCAUCACGCACAGCUUCAGCACUCUCCAAUUCCCCUCUCCUGACUGCACCACAUAAAUUGCAGGGGACUGGCCCACUCAUCCUGACAGAGGAGGAGAAGAGGACACUGAUAGCAGAGGGGUACCCAAUCCCUACCAAACUGCCCCUGACAAAAGCAGAGGAGAAGGUGCUGAAGAAAAUCCGCAGAAAAAUAAAGAACAAGAUCUCUGCCCAGGAAAGUAGAAGAAAAAAGAAAGAAUACAUGGACAGCCUGGAAAAAAAAGUUGAGAACUGUUCAAAUGAAAACAGCGAGCUACGUAAGAAGGUUGAAGUCCUGGAAAGUACUAACAGAACACUUCUGCAGCAGCUGCAGAGACUCCAGGCCAUGGUUGCUGGGAAGGUGUCCCGUUCAUGUAAGGCAGCUAGCACACAGACAGGGACCUGUCUUAUGAUGGUGGUGCUGUGCUUUGCAGUUGUUUUUGGCAGCUUUUCUCAGAGCUAUGGACCAUAUCCUUCGGCUACAAAGAUGGUGUUGCCCAGGCAGCAUUCCUCACCAGAGUCCUACACAGACUCCAUUGUGAGGUCACGGAGUCUGCUAAUUUAUGAAGAGCCUCACCAACUGGAGGAGUCGUCGAGCCCGAUCUCAUCUGCAGAUCGAAACGACAGGCAUGCAGACAGCAGCAAGUAUGCGGCGCUAGCUCUGGAAGCUGUGCCAGUGAUGCAGAGGGAUGAUAUCAUGGAGUUCACAAUAGCCAACGAGACACGGCUAGAGAAAUCAGUGCUGCUGGGCUUGCAGCAGCACAGAGUCAACUCUGAAAUUGAAGGAAAUGAAACACUGAAGAUAAUUGAAAUAGAUAGAAGAGUCAAUGCCACCUCUUAAAAAUAAAAAGGCCUUUUUUCUUGACUUCCCUCUUUCCCAGAUACUUUCAACCAAAGUCCCCCUGACUUGUCAUCCUUAGUGAACCAAAGCACAAAAGAGGGAGUUGACCAAAUUCUGCAUUGACUGGUGAGACUGUGACUGCAGAUGGAAUCUCUUGUCUUGUGACUCCCUUCCUUACUUCACACAAUCCCUAUAUUUGCUUUUAUUUCUUUCCUGUCUGGUAAUACAAGGGCAGGGUUGAAUUAUUAUGAUUGCAGAUGAUACCAGCAGUGUGCUGAUGAUCGAUCUGUGUAUGUGUGCCAGUGCUUGCAUGUAUACAUCAUCAUCUGUGCAUAAAGUCAUUGGGUAGAAGAGUGGAAUAUGCAAAACUGAUGGGAGCAAGUGGUUGAUGGGUUUCUUUGGAGAAGGCAAUUAAGAGAAAUAGGAGAGGCAGUGUGAUGCUGCUCAACUUUAGUCACGGUUCUAUGCUCACUGGUCUGUAGAACUUGAGCCUUUUUUGGAGGAGUGAGAAGCAUAUGUUUCAUCUGCCUUUGAAAGCACAAGAAUGGGCCCCAAUACUAUUUUGUUAACAGCACAGGCAGGAGAGGUAUGGACAGUGACGGUGCUGAAUCAUCCUCCCCUACAUCUUUGUCUCUUCUCCUCACCAGCCCCUAUGUCAUUUAAUGUAACAGGUUUCUGUUUGCACUGGAAGCAAACGUGGUAGGUAUCCCUACUUCUUCUACCCUUAUGGAAUUCAAGCGAAGAUCCAUCACUGUCUUGUCACAAUGUCUGGGACAAAUGGAGUAAUUUAACUGAUUUUGUUUAGAAAGCAGGUUUUGUUAACUUCAGGCAGUGUUUUGGGUGGAUGUUCCUUAGUCUGCUGAAGGCUAAUCUGUUUAGUUCAGAUCAAUUCCUUCCCAAUAAACUAAAUCAAUGUUAAGUCUUAAACCAGAAGUGCCUCCUGAGAGGACCGUAUGGAUUUUAUUUAUUGGCUUCUAGUUGCAUUGAUGGAAUUUUUCGUGUAGACCAAGUCUUGUUGUGUUCUCCUUUUUUUUUUUUUUUUUUUUUUGCCAUUUUCCUGUUACUGUUGUAAAUAGUAUUUAUUAGCUUUGCAAGAUUUUGUUCGAGGACUUAUAUUGGAUUAACCUCCCCUAACCCUGCAAGUCAUCUUGGCAAGCUCUGAAAUUGGACAUACAAAUAUCACAGAGCAUCCCAUUCCUUCCCUCUAAGCUUGAAUUGCCUUAAAAUAGUCGUAGGCCUCCUCUUCUUCAUGUGUCCUUUUCCAGAGAUGAGAUCUUAGAUCAACUGUUUAGCCAAAUAAAAUGCAUACAAUUCAGGCCUGGAGGCGGUUAGAUGCUGUGCUAACAUACAGCAAGUCCCUGACCUGAGGAGUUGGUAUGUAGGCAGCAGACAAGGCAAAAAAGGAAUGAGGCAGGCACACAGGGAGGUGAAGUGACUGCCCCAAAGUGUAGUGGAUGAACUAAAGAACCAUAUUCAAAUCUGAUCCUAGUCCAGUCCACUUUUUACUUUGCCGUGUUUCCUUCUUCUCCCAUGUAGCUGUUGCCUAAGACUUGUCCUUCUAUUGCCUUUCUCAUGCCUUUGUCUGAGUUGUGCUUCUUGGAAUUUGUCCUUGGAUUGGCACAGCCAAUUCUAGCUCAUGAUUUGGGAUUGCUCUUAUUGCUACAGAAUGUUACUCAGACUUCAUUGAGGAUGAAUUUAAUGUGAAAAAUCUUAGUUCAGCAGGCUAGCAUAGCUAUUUUACAGUUUAACAUAAGUCAAUUUAAAAAAAGAAACAACAAAACAAUUUUGUAGCUCUAUUUUUUUCCCCUUGUGAUAAAUAAGGGAAAAACUAACUAACUUAGCCUUACAAGUAAUUUUUUACUAUGUACAGUAGUUAUUUCCUGCAAGUAUUCUAUUUUGUAAAAUAUUGGAUUUGUAUUUUAUUGUAGCAGCUGCCACACCUGCUCCUUUCUUGUUCUUCAUUCUCUUCAGACUUUCUUUCUUUAGUGUCCUAUUUGCUAUCUGCUCUUAGGCCUAACUCAAAGCUCAAAGAAAGAAAUGGAAAGAAUUUGGUGGACAGCAGUGGGCUUUGGUUUGCCCUCCCCUUUUUCCCCCCGGGCCAUUUUCAGAAGGUAUUUCACCAUAGUGAGAAUGAAAUGUAUGCGUGACUCUAUGAGCUGAUAGUGAGUGUUGGCGUACGGAUGUACUUUUACUUUAUGUCCUAUUCAUCUAUGCAAGUGCCUUUUUACUAAUUUACCUUUGGUAGAAAUGAGAGAAGAAUGCUGUCUUAGACCAUUUUGCAAGAAUUCCCUUCUCGGCAUGGAUCAGUGAACCUUUAGAGCUUCUUUCCCUUCACAACUAUCCUGUUCAGUCCUCCACAUCAUUCUAGUACCCCACAAUGGCUUUUGGAUGUUUUUUUGAAGCCAGGCUUCACCUAAAUAGCAAACACUACUAAUUGGUGUCACUGACAACAUCACAAGGGAGAUGGCUGUGUAUUUCAGCCACAUGAGGUCAGCAAAGAGUCACAGAAUCAUGGAAUGGUUUGGGUUGGAAAGGACCUUUAAGAUCAUGUAGUUCCACCUCCCUGCUAUAGGCAGGGACACCUCCCUCUAGACCAGGUUGCUCAGAGCCUCAUCCAGCCUGGCCUUGAAUGCCUCCAUUAGCCUACAUUAUUUUAAAUAGUGCUCCUUGAAAUAGCAUUAAUCUAAGCAGGACAGCUAUGUUGUCUCAGAGGUCGGAGGGGGCAUUCACAUCAUCACUGGGCAACCUGUGCCAGUGUCUCAGCACCCUCAUAGGAGUGUCAGGAGAAAGCUGGGACUGACCGUUUCGCUAUGUUAUAGCAGACCUACAUAAGUGGGCAAGGUCGUAGCUUAGAAUGUUCUGUAAGUGGUAUUUUGGUUUCAGAGCACCCACGGUUUGCCACUUCUGAGUGAAACUGAAUACUUGAGGCUUCUGCAAAAGGGGCAUCAAACUGUCAAGCACAGCGUUGCUUUUAAUCGGGUUGCAGUUUGCACUGUGCAUAAACAGAAGGCCAAGCUGCCUGAGCUUGUGCCCACUGCCAGCUAAAUGGAUCACCUCUCAUUGCAGAUACUGCUGACUUCAUUGUAAUGAAGUAAAAAUUGAAUUUUUUCCCAGUACUUGGAAGAGACAAUUUUGCAAUACCCAAGUAAACUCCUUCUCUGAGACCUCCUUCAGUAAACCCUAUUGAUGCUUUGCCUUCUUACUUGCUUAAUUUGGACCUAUCAAUUCAAAUCUUAACAGGAGAUAAUCAUGUUUUCAUCUGAAACAUUUUAAAUUGGUCAUAUUCAGGGUCAGACCCUGCUGAACUAAUUCAUCUGAAUCAGUCUGGCAACAUUGAUUUUAACUGCUGAAUAAUAUGCUUCUAUAAUCUUCACCUGUCUCAUUCUUUAAAUAAUUUUUAAGUACUCUCGGGAAUCUCUUGAGCUAGCACACACAUAGUUUGUGGAUUUUAUUAUUAAAUACUAUUUCUUUAUAAUAAGGAAAUCCUUUGCUUUACUUCGGUAUGUUUGUGACCAUUUUUCUUUAACAACCUUAAUUGAACAGAUUUCUCUUUGAGACAGUAGGAGCCAAGUAUCUCCCAUCAUCACCCUCCCAUGGGCUGAUAUGUGACAAGGACCUGCUGCCCCUGGGGUGAGCGAUGGCCAUGCCCUAGCAGGGGGCUGGGGAGACCCAAGGGCAGGCCCACUGAGAUCCAAGGGGAAAUGUUGCAGAGGAAGCUGUAUGUGCUAAGGACGUUGGUUGGGAGCAGUAAGGGGUGUUCAGGGAGGGAGGAUGCCAGUGUUUAUAAUGAUCUCAGCCAUAUUAGUUGAGUCUGUAGUGUAACAGUAUGCCUUUUGCAGUGGUCAGUGACAUGGGAUGACGUGUGUGUAUGGACAGGGCAGGCAGAGGCCUUGUGCUACCUGAUAUCCACUUCCAUUAGAGGACUUAAGCAAUCCUUAGAGUCUUCAACAGCAACUUUGUGCUGUUUGACAUCAUGGUUAUGUGCUAGUAAACUUCACUUUGACGCCCAUAGCGUCAAAGCAUGCCUAGAUCUGUCACUUCUUUGCUUCUAGGGAGAUAAGCUAUGAAGGAAUUAGGGCAUUAUUUUAUAUAUAUAUAUAUUUAAGAAGAAUUAAGCACAGGGCACGUGGUAAUUCUAACCUUGUUACCUGUGUGUAGAUAAUGUUGGUGUUGGGUUUUUUGUUUUGAUGUUUGAUUUGCCAGGCUAUUUAUAGUUCUUUGCUGCAUUUCUUUUACUUUCUUCUCACCAUUCAGUGUUUUCCAGCAGCACGGAGUAAUAUUGGAUUAGAUUGAGAUUCUGAGGCCAGCUCCUGGCUGAUGGCAGCACAGCUUCUCCUUCACUGCUUCCAGGCGCUGCAGGUUGAUCCAUGAUGGCAGGAGAUCUCUUCCAUAGCCCUCUGUAUAACAAUGUAUCCCAGUGCAGGCUUAUUCUUGAUUUCUUUAAUGUACGGCUGAGAAAGUAUCCGAAAACUUUCCUUCUCUUUUUCUCACUGCUGAAAUUCCCACCUCUUCCCCCAUCCCCAAAGCAUCAACGCUGAGUUCUGUCUGGUGCAUUUAGAAUGUGGGUCAAGUAAAUGAAUGAUACUAAUUACUAUGUUGGGAGGGAUUUCCUUUGAGUAUUUGGGCUCUAGAUUCUAGCUAAUGCCAAGAGGCCAUUGUACAAAACCCAUGCAGCUAAGAACAGAAGUAUACAGAUUAUUUUUAUACUUGGCUGACUAAAAUAUUUCUUUCUCAAGUCAUUAAUUAGAAAGGGAACAUUUUGUAUUUUGAAGGUGAAGUAGUAGGUCAGUACUUUUAACUACGAAAGUGGUAGUAGCCUAUACAAGCAGCAUUGUGCUAUUGGUGCUGCUGCUUUGCAGUGUAUUGUUGAGUGUAAGCAGCUUUGGGGGUUGUGGAGGUGCCUGAACUGGUUCAUGUGCUAAAAGGCUUUAUAAGUAAGAGGUUAGAAUUCAGACAGUGGGCCAGGAGAGUAUACUUUUCUUACAGUCUACAAAUCAACAGUGGGCAUCAAGGUUGUGAUCCCAGUUAACACUGCAUUGCUAAGAUCAACGUCCAUUGGGGACUGCAGGAUUUAGAGGGGAAUUGCCAUCUGUUUUUGUGGUUAUUGUGUCAGGCCUGAACUGACUUUAUAUAUAGAAAGAAAUGCAUCUUGGAAAAAACCUCUUUUGUGAUGCAGAAAUAGUUUGGGUAUUACUCUAAGUUAUUACUGGUGGUCUCUGCUCUAUCCUAAAGCCAUCUCUGUACUUUUCCCCAAGAGCUAGAACUGUAUAGGUAAGAACAAAACAUGGGAAAGCUGGACUUCCUAGAGAAACUGGUUCCUAAUUCCUUAAAUCAGCAAUGAUAGUCUUUUCCAUUAGUUCCCACCUUGAUUUCUCUUUACAUUUCCCCUUGCUCUUCAAUGAGGUGUAAAAUGAAUGCAUACCUGACCUUUACUGUGUAUGCCACCUUCCCUUCCAGCCUGUAGGCAAAAAUCCUUCUGCACUUCAACAGCCUGUAAUUAAGGGAGCGGAGAGGGGGGAAGCAGAGGCAGUGGUCGAUUUUUUUUUAAUAUAGAACACUGUUUGUAGUUGACUGACAAUUCCAAUCCGCUGGUGCUGAAGUAACAACAUCUCGCUUUCUUCAUGUGCCCCGCCAGCAAGAAUGAGUGCUUGUGUGUCUGUGCAUGGUGAGCAAUGAAAAACAAAACAACAAAAAAAGCAACACAAAUGCAGAGUUGUUUUCUUAACGUAGUAAGUGUCCUUCUGUAAAGGCAUCUACCUGAGCACCCCAGGUACAUUCCUCUUGGUGCAGCAGGAAGCCCAGGUGCUUUUCUCUGACCGCCCACAUUCCACACUGUAAGUCUAAAUCUGUCAUGUGGAUUGCUGUAUGAUUUCUGUCCUAUUAGCAAAUGUCAACUGAGAGCUGUUAAACUGUGUCCUUUUGUGUGUGUGCCUAGAUUGGCAGAUCUGCAGGACAACUCCAGCGUGGUACAAAAAAAACCAACAUUACUGUAUCUGGUCUUCAAAUAGCAAUUUUGUAGUGCAGAAUUACGUUUUCAGAUGGUUUCUUCUUAAUGUUAUACAUUUGCCUUUAAAAAUGGCCUUAAAAAAAGGGAGGAUGGAGAGUUGGGGGGACCCGUGGAGGACCUGGCGUACAACUGCAUGCAGUACCAUGGCCUCUGCAAGGGCUGUGCCAUGGCAUGAGCACAUGGCAGCUCCAGUGAGGUUUUGCUGGGCCUUCUGAAGGGCAAAUUACCUGAUGUUACCCUUUGGAGAGAAGCAGAGGCCAAACUCAUUGCCUGGGGCCAUGAGAUACAAAACCUUGUGACUCUGAGUCAUUCUGCCUGUGACACCUCGAAAAAGAGUUUCAGCUGAUCAUUUCCUUUCCCUCUGUACAGGUGGAUACUGUAUGAGUUUGUGCAAACGCUUAAACAACGCUAUUUUAGAUAAAAAGAACAGUGAUAUUAGUGCAGAAGCAUCUCUCCAAUUCCUUGGUAAACUCCUGGCCACAGAAAUCUCCAUGCUUUUGCCAAAAGCCUGUUUCAUUCUGUGUGUAUGUGCUCAGUGGCCUCUCCAUUUUUGUAUAAGCGCUGUCACCUGGCUGCAUUCCCACCUGAUAGUUCACCUGCAACCAUGUCCAUUGGGUAUGAAGAAGUUGCUGCCUUUUCCUUUUAAACUGUCGGCUUGGUUCUACAAGAGAACAGAUUACCUGCCUUUGUAGCCUAAACAUGUAUGUAUGUAGCUAAGUAUGUUAUGCUUUUCAUUUCUUUCAAAUAAAUAUUUUCUGUAGAAAAAGCA